AUGGCACUGAGCCCCACGUUCGACAUCGACGCCCCGCGAUGGGACCAGACCACCUUCAUGGGGCGCCUCAAGCACUUCUUCAACAUCACCGACUGGCGGACGGCGCUUCUGCCCGACUCGCGCCUGGAUGAGGCCAAAGCUUUGGUGGAGAGCUGCAGGGCGCGUUCGGUCCCACCGGGCACCACUGAGGAGCAACUCCAUUACGCCAAGAAGCUGUACGACUCGGCCUUCCACCCUGACUCGGGUGACCGAAUGAACAUCAUCGGCCGCAUGUCCUUCCAGGUCCCCGGUGGCAUGGCCAUCACCGGCUGCAUGCUGCAGUUCUACAGGACUGUGCCCGCGGUGGUCUUCUGGCAGUGGGUCAAUCAGUCCUUCAACGCGCUGGUCAACUACACCAACCGCAACGCCGCCUCGCCCAUCACCCCCAAGCAGAUCGGCGUCGCCUACGCGACCGCCACCAGCACGGCUUUAGCCACGGCGGUGGGACUCAACCUCUACACGAAGAGAGCACCUCCACUGGUGGCGCGAUGGGUCCCUUUCGCGGCCGUGGCGGCGGCCAACUGUGUCAACAUCCCCAUGAUGAGGCAACAGGAAAUCUUGAACGGCAUCGCCGUCACCGAUGAAAACGGCAACAAGCUGGGCCACUCGCAGAAAGCGGCGGUGAAAGGCAUCACGCAAGUGGUCAUCUCCAGGAUCACCAUGGCCGCGCCGGGAAUGAUCAUCCUCCCCAUCAUCAUGCAACGGCUAGAAAAAUACAAAUUCAUGCAGAGAAUCACAUACCUCCACGGGCCCAUUCAAGUGAUGAUGGUGGGCGUCUUUUUGACCUUCAUGGUGCCGGCAGCCUGCUCCCUGUUCCCUCAAAGAUGCUCCAUUGCCGUGUCAAAGCUGGAGCCCGAACUCCGCGACGCCAUCACGUCCAAGUACGGCGACGGCGUGCAGCGCGUCUACUUCAACAAAGGCCUCUGAGAACUCCGCCCGCGGGACUCACUGCACACUCACACUACUCCUUUCCUCAAUGGUUACUCACAUGUUUAAAGAGGUGCUUCUUUUCUGGAACUUACGCCGUGUACGUGGGGAUGUCUCGACGAAUGCUUUUUAAAUCUGCUGUGCUGAUUUCCGUUUCGCUGUCAUUACAAACCAAAUAAUUUCUUCUCAGGAAUUUUCUUUUUCUGGCUUUGCCAGGUGAGAACUGAACAAAAAAAAAAAGUCAUGGCUCUUCUUUUUUUGUCUUAACGUUUACCGGUACUUGCCUUGGACAACGUCUCGACAACAAGGCUCCCUGGGUGUUCCCAAAACACAAAUGGACUUCUAUACAGGGUUCAAGAUGGCCAAACGACACCGCUGCUUUCAGAAAUAUCGGAGUGCUAGCUAAAUGGAGGACAUAACUGACUGGAUUCAAUUGAAGCUGUUUCAAAGAAAUGAUACCACAAUCCUCAGUUUGCGUUGGAUUAAAGCACCUUCGAUAUUUGAUAUUCA